AUUGAUCUCCACCUGAAUCUAAUACACAGCACACCCUCUCUCUCGGGCUGAAGCCAGCCCCACAAAGCUUCAGCCUUCUCCUCCAACCUCGACAAUGGCGAAACUUCCGCUAAUCAUGGACGAAAGCUCGGAGAAGCUCUACUACAAACAUUCACCCACCAAAGACCAUGGCCAUGAGUCCUACCCAGAGAGAUCAAACGGAAUGUCCUUCUUUGCAUUCGUAUUCUCCGUGUUCAUCUACACCUCGGUCUUUUACGUCCUCGACAUCUCCCCGUCCACCCUCUUCAGCAACACCAAGUUCUGGUUCUUCAUCUCCAACACGCUCAUCCUCAUCAUUGCCGCUGACUACGGGGCAUUCUCUUCGUCGAAGCGCAAGCAGCUCGACUUCUACGAGGAGUUUGUCACUGCGCAGAGGACCAGCCGCCCUGGCGCCCCGGUUUGGCAGGCGUCAAGGGCCGAACCUGUCCUCGAGUUAGUAAACGUCGAGAAGUUACAAGAAAAGAGAGUUGAUGAGUUGGUGGAGCCUGAGAAUGGGACUGAACGGAAGGAACUGGUGGUUUUCGGAGGUGACCCUUUAGAGAAGAGUGAAGAAACAUGCAAUGAGGUUGAGAUUGAAGACGAUAGAACCAGCCAUGAAAAUAAGCUAAGUGAUGACAAAACCGGAAACGAAGAAGAGAACUUUGUCUCCGAGGCAAAUGAUGAGUUGGUUAAAGUUAUUGAUGAGGGAGAUGAGGGUGAAGAGACUGAGAGGGACGAGGGAGAAGUUGAUGAGUAUUCAGCCAUGUCUGAUGAGGAAUUGAAUAAGAGAGUUGACGAGUUUAUUUUGAAGUUGAAGAGGCAGAUUAGGCUUCAAGGGGUCAGAGGCUACGGUUGAGUUUAUUAGGUUUAAUUAUUAAUUAGUUAUUAGCAGUUUAUUGUGUAGGGAUCUCGAGUUCGGGUUUUGGCUAGUGUUCAUACUUCUUCAGUUCAAUAACAGUAACUUACAGUAGCUGUUA